CUCUGCUACAAAAUGUUACAUUUGCAUGCAAGUGCAUGAAAAUAUAUCGCAGCGGAUGGAUAAAUUGAUUGCGCAUUGAUGUUACUUGAAUAGGUCGCUAGUAAUAACGAUAAUAUACCGGAAUAGAAGUAAGAUAAUGUUCAAAAAAGAUAUUCUAUGACAUCACACACACAUGCACUAGAGAUAUAGUCAAAUGUGAGGAGGAAAAAUAUGUCAGACUACAAGAUCUCAUGCAUGCGAUGGCAAUAAUCGUAGAAUUAGUUGCACAUUUUACAAAAUUACAUAAUGUGUUAUAUAAAGACUACUUUUAUCAUUAUUUACCGAAAUCAAUGCAGCAUCGGUUUUAUAAAGUUAUAUAAUGUUACAAGUGUGAUGAAAUGAUUUUAAUAUUAUUCAAAUAUUGGAAAACUCAUUGAAUAUAAAUUAUUUUCUAUUUUUUUCGAUAAUUCUGCCACUUUUUUUUCUCAUAUCUCUCCUUUAACUGAAUAACUACUAAACACAUUAAACAGAUCAAUUAUAUAAUUUAUAAUUUUUUUUUCUGUGCAAUUAAUAUAUUAAUAUCAAUAUUAUAUCAAAUAUUACUUUAUCAAGAAAUAAAUUAAUAUCUUCGAUAAGAUAUUAUAUAUAAUUAAAUUGUAUGUUAAUCAUUAAGUAAAAUAAAAAUUGUAAACCAUGUAAAAAAUUAAUAAAUCAGAAUCUCGCUUCCGAUCUUAAACUCGUGAAAAAAGAUGCAAAACUUCUCCACUACAAUAAAGUAAUUAAAAUGACAACGAUAACAAGAAAAUCUCACCGUAAUGUUUUACAGUUACUCGAUAGUCACGCACGUGACCGGUUAUCAAAUAUUGCUACGAUAUAGUAUCUGUAAUCAAGCGGAACAUACGGUAAUGGGGAGCUUGCGACACAAUUUUUAUCCCGAUUAUUCUACACACAAAGAGCAUGCCUGCACUCUGCUGGCAGAAGACACCGCUCGCGAAUUAACGAGACGAAGCUCAGAUCAGCUAUGCCCGUCUGUCUUGGCACCGAUCGCACCGGCGCCAUCGAAUUCAGGAUCCUCAGCAAGGACCGGAUCGAGGACGCCAUGGUCGUGCAACGGCAAUCAAUGCGCCAAGAGUGCAUCGCGAUCGGCAUGGGAAUGUAUGAGGAUCCCGGUGCACCUGAAGAGAUGCAACUGGUCUUUAGAGAGGUCAUCAAGGAUGGAUGCACGGUGAUCGCGGUCGAUCGAUCGGACCGCGUUGUCGCCGUGGCAUUCAACAAGUUACACGUGCCUCCUAAGCCAGGAGAAACGGAUUCCUUCGCUCUUUUUAUAGAAAAUAAUAUCAAACAUCGCUCGUGCCGGGAUCUGAUUGAGUUCCUCGACGACGUGGAAUCGCGAGUAGACAUCUUUCAAAAGUACAACGCGCGCGGUGCCAUGGAAAUUUUCUAUAUAGGCACAGAUCCAGAGUGUCAGGCUCGCGGGAUCGGCCGACAAAUCACGGACAAGAGCCUCGAAGUCGCGCGCGGAUUACGCGCCAGGAAGCUGAAGCAGAUCUGCGUAGCCGAUAAAAUCGUCAACGAAUACGUGCGACCGGAAAUGGUGUUCGCCGUCGCUGCCUCGAUAUACAGCCAACGAAUCAUGGAAACGCUGAACUUUGAGACUCUCGCCGAGAUGCGAUACGAAGAUUACAUACGCGGUGGCAAAAGAAUGUCGGACAGGAUAGGUGAUGUACACAGGACGGUCAAGUUUGUCGCUCGCAAACCUUGACGAUAUUAGAUUUCUGCUUGCAUUCUGAAUAAACAGAAUAAUUCGCCUGUAUGUCAAAAUUGAAUCAAUUUUGCUUUGAAACGGAAAACAAUAAUUUAAUUAAAAAGUGUUACGCAAGAAAAUUUUCCAAUAUGAUAAUGUGAUAAAUAACGUAAUAUUACGUGAAACUAUUUAAAUAGUAAUAUAUAUUAAUCAGUUUAAUAAACUGAAAACAAUUAAGUUCUAAUUUAACUCGAUUAUAUUUCUGCAAACAUAAAAAACAAUGAGAAUAACGCUAACUGACUGCUUAUUCACACUGCCUUCCUUUAAAUGAUUUUAGAUAAUAUUCAGCAAUGUCAAUAUUUUAGUUUUAAUCGUAAUUUCAAGAAUAUCUAUUCUUUCGCAAAUUAAUCUUGCUGACGGUAACAUAAAUACAAAAAGAUUUAGUUAAUUAAGAAUUACGCUGUCGGUUGACUUUGAUCAAAAUUAUAAACCAGAUAUAUUUCGGAUAGGAUAAAAAAUAUAACAAUAACUUUUUUAUAUAAGUAUAUGUAUGUAUAGAUGUGUAUAUAUAUUAAUACAUUUAAUAUAUCAUAUUUGUGACCGGAAACGCUCAAGACUAUGAAGACUGCGUGGAGACAGCAUCAUAAUUUUGAGCGAAACUGCAUUUUUUCAUUCCUAAAUAAUUUCUCGCAAAAUUAUACGAUGCAACCUGACAUCCGUAACUAACUGCAAGCGAAAUAUCGGACAAUAAAUAAUGUAUAUUAUUCUCGACACAAUUCACAAUAUCUUGACUGGAUCGCAAUUGUCGCGAUUACGUCUCAAGGUACUUCGAUAAAGCCACAGAAAACGAUAACAGUCGUAUGCGAAUAAUGUAACGUGACUUCCGACAACCGACAACGGAAUUAUUGUAUAGAAAAAAUUGAUCUAUUGCUUAUGAUAUUUGUCUCCGUAUUCGAGAAACUGUCAAUAAUUACUAUCAAUGAUCAUCGCGCACAUUUGUUCUCUCUAAAGGCGCGACGAUUGGAACUCUGCGCAAUGCGUUAUUAGGAAGACACACAGUAUAUAAUAAAAAUUGGAUAAAGCGUCGAGAUAUAGAUAAGAAAGAAGAAACCAACGCGACAGAGAUUUGCAUUACAAUUGAAUAUAUCUCAAAAUUGAAAAUGCUAUUAUUUAUUGCAAAAAUCGAACAUAUGUUUCCGUGCGAAAUUGUAACAAAGAAGUUAACAUAUGUUUCGAUUAUUGCAUUUUGAUACUUGAUUAUACGUAUGGAAGAAAUGCGUCAUGAAUUAAAUAUUACUUCAUUAAGGUCUCGUUAGUGGAAUCAGUUAAGGACGAAGGAAAAACACUGAGUUUAACAAUACUUUAAAUUGCACUUCAAUUCCUUCAUCUGAGUUCUUGGCUUUAUGCUAUAUAUAAGUGCGACGUAUAUUGGCGUCUAUAAAUAAAUUAUCGAAUCUCUAUCACACUAACCGCCGCACACGCAUAUUUGUGUAUUUAAUAGAGUUAACAAAUAUGUAGGAUAUUAUAUAAUAUAUAUGUAUAUAUGUAGAAAGUGUAUGCGGAAGAAAUUUGUUCUUGUACACGUUGAAAUUGAAAGCUUUGGCGCAGCGUAAGAGGAGUUAAGUUCCAAUUUCAUGAAAAACUACAUCUUAAAAAAAUAAUAUGAAGAGUACCAAACAAAGUUAUAUAUAUAUAUUAAAAAUUUAAAAAUAGUAAAUAAAACAUUAUUUAUGCCGAUCUUCGUUGAAAUAAAGGAAUGUUAAGAUUUUUAGAAAAAAGAAAAAUUGUAAAAUGAACAUGCCGCUUUUUUUCUUCGCCAAAACAAUUCAAUUAGUUUAGUUAUUUUUAUGCUAAACAACGCGCAAGAGUAUAAUUAACUUCGUUAAGAAGACUACUACUACGACAUUCAAUGGUAGUCGAUUUAUAAUAGGCGAAGCUACUGAGACUGCAAGAGACGGAGAGAGUGGCGCACCUAAUUUUAUUAUCGUUGCACUCAGUCAACCGUUAAUUAGUUACUUUCCUUUAAAACGCUAUUACUGCUAUUGUAAAAAAUGUGGACGUAUAACUGUUUUCCUUCCAAUAUAUAUAUAUAUACAUAUGUAUAUAUAUAUAUAGAAUACGAUAUUGACACACUUCCAACAAAGUUAAUAUUUCCCUCUCUGACUUACGGUCUAAUUAACUUACAGCCUGAAUUCAGUAAUCGCUGCCAACAAACUACGCCGCGUGUCACUUUUGACAUACGACAAAUAUAUAACGACACUUACAUAUGUAUUAUUACUCUUAUUAUUAUCAUUAUUAUUCUUUCAAAUAGUAACGCAACCACUAUAUGCAAACGCGUGAAUACACUUAGCUCAAGUCGAGUCGUUCAAGACUCGUAACUUUUGGCACGAAUAAUCAUUUUUUCGUUUAUUCUGACAUCACUCUGAGCCGCUUUUGAACUUUUGAUUUUUUCUUUUGUUCUUUCAGAAACGUUUGAUUACUUAAUGAUUUCAUUCCGAGGAGGAGGAGUACAAAGAUAGAGUAAAAAAUUAAACAUAAGUUUUCGAUAAGCAACAAAUGCAGUCUUCAAAAAACAAUAAAAGAUAUACAUGUUAAAAAAAAAAUUUUCAA